GUCCGUCUGUGCUCCAUAGACUAUCACAUGAGCUAUCCUGUGGAAGGCCUUGAUGUCAUCGAGUCGAGAUACAUGGGGGAGCGACUGCAGCGAGUUCCCAUCCUCCGCAUCUUCGGCAUCACGAGUGAGGGGCAGAAGGCCUGCGUGCAUUUACAUCGGGCGUUCCCCUACCUUUAUGUGCCUGUCCUCGAGCAAUGGUGCUCGCUCGCUCCUGCUCAGCUUGAUUCUCGGAUCAAGCAGCUGGCAAAGAGCAUGGACAUGGCACUGAAGGAGCUCGAUGCUGCGUCUUCCAUGGAUCAGGAGAGAGAAGGAGGCGACAGGGGACGGCGCAAGCCGAAGCAGCACGUGCUCAAGGCACAAGUGUUGAGAGGGACGCCAUUCUACGGCUGCCACCUUUCCCAGCAGCUCUUCGUCAAGAUC